AAUCAGCAUUUCUGCAUCCUUUCCUGUGCAUUGCAGAGCAGCAGGUGGAAGUCUGGCUGGCACCUGCACACACUCACACACACCCUGCAGGCUGGACGCACCUCUGCCGCGGGAGAGAACCCUUCCCACACUCCGGAUCUUCCUCCUGCCGAGCGAGCUGGGCUGGGAGCAUCCCGGUCCUCGCCUAAAGCUGCUCUGCCUCCCCUCGCCAGCUCUGGCUGCAGCACCAGCAGCACCCGGGCACGGAGGACCUCGGGAGGCCCCGGGGAGAGAGCUCUGCAGGGAGCCAAGCCCAGCUGGGGGGGUAAGAGCUGAGCCUCGGGGGGCUGGAGCACCCCCAGUAUCUGGGGCGUCCUGGAGUCCAGAUCAUCCCCAACAUCCAGGGUAUCCUGGGUACGGAGCAUCCCUGGCAUCCGGAGUAUCCUGGGAUCCAGAGCAUCCCCAGCAUCUGAAGCAUCCUGAGUGCAGAGCAUCUGGAGUAUCCAGAGCACCCCAGGGGCUUAUUAUUCCCUGGUCCAGCGCAUCCAGAGCAUCAGAGAAUCCAUAACAUCCUGCCAUCCCUGGCAUCUCGAGUAUCCUGCCAUCCAGCACAUUCCCCAGCAUCCAGCAGCAGCAUCCAGGGACAUCCCAGAGCAGGGGCAUUUGCAGGGACGAGGCACUGCCUGGCUGUGAGUAACAGGGUAACCUUGCUUCUGCUGAUCGGCUCCUGGGAAUGUCACUCUGCCCUGAGUGCCAGUGAAGAGAGAGAGCAGGGGAAGAGAGGGAGACGAGGAAGGAGGAGGGAGAGGAGGAAGAGGAAAGGAGAGGAGAGAGGAGGACAGACACAGAGCAGACAGGUGGUCGUUCUUCCCCUGGAUCCAGCUCUGGUGAUGAUCACGUAGCACAGGUCACACCAGAGAAGGUCCCCCCAACCCCAAAGCUCCCAUGGAGGGCGACCUGGGGGCCCCCAAUUCCAGCAUGCUGGGGGAGCACUCGCUGCUCGUGGGGAGCAGCUGGGUGGCCGCUUUCCUGUGCUUCAUCAUCCUGCUGACCACGGCGGGGAACUUCCUCCUCAUCCUCCUCAUCGUCACUCAGCGCUCCCUCCGCAACACCUCCAACUACUUCCUGGUGUCCCUGUUCAUGUCGGACCUUAUGGUGGGGCUGGUGGUGAUGCCCCCAGCCAUGCUCAACCAGCUCUAUGGGCGCUGGGUGCUGCGGGGGGACUUCUGCUCCCUCUGGGCCUCCUUUGACGUCAUGUGCUGCAGUGCCUCUAUCCUCAACCUCUGCAUCAUCAGCCUGGACCGGUACCUGCUCAUCAUCUCUCCGCUCAAGUACAAGCUGCGCAUGACCUCCUGCAGGGCCCUCUGGCUCGUCCUGGCCACCUGGACCGUGGCUGUGCUGGCCUCCUUCCUGCCCAUCAAGAUGGGAUGGCAUGAGCUGGAGUUCGAGGAACUCUCCCUGAAUGUCACCUCGUGGGGGGACGAAGACCAGUGCCGGCUGGUGGUCAGUUUGCCGUAUGCCCUGGUCGCCUCUUGCCUCACCUUCUUCCUCCCAUCUGCUGCCAUCUCCUUCACCUACUGCCGCAUCCUCCUGGCUGCCCGCAAGCAGGCGGUGCAGGUGGCUUCCCUCACCUCCAACGUGGCCACCACCACCACUACUGAUGACACCAUGCCACAGAUUCCCUGUGUCCCAAGCCAGCCCAUGGCCGGCAGUGAGAGCAGGAGGUUCACCAACAAGCACAGCAAGAAGGCACUGAAGGCUAGUCUGACCCUGGGCAUUCUCCUGGGCAUGUUCUUCGUGGCCUGGCUCCCCUUCUUCAUUACCAAUGUGACGCAGGCUGUCUGUGGCUGUGUCCCAGCCGGAUUCUUCGACGUGCUCACCUGGCUGGGAUACUGCAACAGCACCAUGAAUCCCAUCAUCUACCCGCUCUUCAUGAGGGACUUCAAGAGAGCCAUGGGCAAAUUCCUGCCCUGCUGCCGGCGCUGGGGGGAGCCUCGGCCCAGCGCCAUAUCCUUCUCCAUGAGGAACUCCAACAGCGGAGCCCGUGCCGCCACGUCCCUCAAGAACAUCCUCACCUUGCAGGCUGAGAUUGACUCAGUUGACUCUGGGGCGCUGGGGAAUGAUCCCAACCUGCUGCCAGCCCCCCUGACCUCCCACGCCCCCUCUAUCAGCCUGUGGGACGCAGAGCCCCUGGACGCGGAGCCGCAGGUUGGGCAUCUCAGCACCCCCGUGGCCUGAGUGGGGUCACAGAGCUCCAUGCGCUGGGAAGGAUCCCUCAGCCCCACACAAACAGCCCACGUGCUGCUGCUCCAAUUCCCUCUUCCAGUGCAUCGUGCAGCUUGUGGAGAGGCACUGCUGUGGGUAGGUUCAGCCACGUGUCACUGCUGAAUUGACCUGCCUUGUUUCUCUCUCUUCCAUCCCUCCUUUGCUCACUGGCACUAGUCCCUCACCCUUCUCGUGGCCUUUGGACAACACUCUCAGGCACGUGGUGGGACUCCUGGGGUAUCCCAAGGGGACCAGGAUUCGAUGAUCCUUGUGGGUCCCUUCCAACUCAGCAUAUUUUGUGAUUCUGUGAUUCUAAGAGUCUUUCCAUCUCUGGUUAGUUUGAACCUUGGAUUCCAGAUCAUCUGUCCCCCUAAACUUAAACCAAGGCUUGGUUUCCAGUUUUCACACAUGGAUCACCUCCAUUUCACCUACUGCACUGAGAGGAGUGAUGAAAAAACAUCCCAUGACUCAUGGAUAAGAGGUUUGGAGCUGCUUCAGCCCAUGGAACAUCACGUUUUCUUGGAGCUGCGUUUCCUCUCCUGACUUGGAACAUGUCUGUCUCGGUUUCCUGUUAAGCAGUGAGUUACAGCCCAGUGAAACCAUCGUGUUUAAUCAUGGAGAGCUGCACUAUGGGGGUUCAAUUGGGUGCAGAAUGUCCAACACUGAUUUUUGGAUGUUCUGUGGGGGUGUGGGGCUGCAACUUGUCAUGGCUUUGUGGGUUGUGUGACAGUAGUAAUGGGAUCGGUGCCUCUUACAGCUCCAUCCUACAGCUUCCCAUUCUUGGCACAGGACCACCACACUUCUCUCUGACAAUCCAUUAGUUUUUAGAUGAUGCAAUUAGAAAAUACACUCUCCCCCCCUUUCAAAUAGGAAUCUAAAGAAAUACUGUCUUUUAAAUGACAAUUCCAGGCCACCUCCACCCAGCCCACCCCCACCAUAGCCAUAAGCAGAGAGAACAGUGAGUAACGUGGCAAGUGGGCUCUUAAAAAAAUCAAUAAAACAAAUGAUUUUAGUAAAUUCUUCCUCAAGUGCCUUUGGGCUGCAGAGCUGGGCUGACAGUUGGCUGCUGUGCCCUCCCCGAACCCCUCCCCUCCAAGCCUUCUGCCUAAUUCUCAGCUCCCAUUAACGGGUUUGACUGUGCUCUUGGAACUCACCAGUGUAUCCAAACAGACACAGAGCAUCCCCUGGAUAUGGAACGCUGGAAGAAACAGCCACGCUCCAAGCAAAUCUCACUAGUUUUCUUUCCAUGUUGCCCAUGGAUGUUCCAGGACUGAACAAGAGUUUUUAUGACCAACUUGACAUUUACUUGGUACUUUGUACCCCCCGGGAGCCGGCACUGGCCCAGCAGUCAGGGAUGAGCGACUGGGACACACUGAGGGUUCAUCAGGUUCAAACCUCAAACUGUUCAAUACAUUUUCCCCUGGAUGUGGGGACAGAGAGCCUGGGGCUGGUGUCAAGCAUAGAGAUCAAUAUGUGCAUCUUCCCACAAAACAACUUUACAUAAAGCCACACUUUGACUACAACUCCUGUUAAAAAGGAGUAGGAAAAUGCACGAUGGAGUCUGGAAAUCCGUUAGGUACUAAAUUAGCCUUGGGAGAUAGAGAGAGAGAGAGAGAGAGAGAGAGAGAGAGAGAGAGAGAGAGAGAGACACCUCUUCAGCCAAAUGUUCAAAAGCAAUAGUUCAUUACUGUCUCAUCAAGACUGUAGUAAUUAGGUGUUUGCUUGUGGACAAAGCCUUGGAUGAGUGGAGAAAUCCCAUUCUUUCCCUGCAGCCAGCAGCAUCAACACUGACCGGGCAAACAGCCCUAGCACGUGGGACCCUCUGGCCUGUCUCAAGAGAUAUCUCCCAUCACUGCUCCAGAAAGGAGCUGAGAAGGUCUGAGCCCCCCUGGAUGCUGGAUUUGGGGAGAGGAAACACCAGGCACUGAAUCCAAACCAUUGUGCUUUGCUGUGUUAGGGCAUCAUCCCCAAAACCAGCCAUGUCUUUGACUCCAUGAGAAAUAAUCUGCAGGUAAGGUUUGCAGGGAGCCUGGGGAAGGAAGGAGAGGGAGUGCUGGAUCAGAGAGGUAGGAGGAAGACCCUCCAUGAACCCUUCCCCUUCUGAGUCAAUGAGACCUCCCAGAUCAGGGGUGGGAGGUGUUUGUACCAUCACACUUGUGGCAAAGUAGAAAACCCCAGAGGUGUUCUUAGAGCAGAGGCACGCUCCUGCCAGAUGCAUUUUCCUGGGCUUAGCAGAAAAACAGGACAGAAAACGAGCUUUUAUGGAAGAUGUGGAUCAGUCCCACACAAUUUGGGAGCUCUGCUAGCAGGGGAUGUAAAGCUGUGUCCUUUCCUCUGCUCUGAGACUGGGGAGAAGAGAGUGGAACCAAUUCACUUUUAUGGAAGGAGGUAGAAAUGAAACAGAUUCAUGUUUAUCCUAUGCCAAGUAUGGGUUUUAUUUUAAGCCAAUUAAAAAUAAAGGGGGCUUUUAAGGCUGGAGAUGUGUGUGUGACUCAAAAGGAAAGAGUCAGUGGGUUGCUGGGCUUGGAGAGCCUGGAAGUUUCAUAAGCCAUCAGUUUUCCUGCUGCUGUCACCCAGGGUCCCAAACAUGUUUCUAACAGGAGUGGGCCCUCCAACACUCAUUGCCAUCAACCUGGAGACAGGAAAACAGUCUUGGAGAUUGGAAAGUGCCUUGGCAACCUGAGCCUUUCUCCUCUCCAGCCAGCAUAGCUGAAGUGUGGACACUGAUCUGCUCGAAGUGGGGCAGGCAGAGCCCUCAACACGCCUGAAAUCCACAAACCAAACCAAUCUCCAGUGGAAAAACGCUUUUAAUUUCCUAGUGAUGAGCCCCCCUCUCUGAUAUGUUUAAAAUCCCCUCAGAGCCAUUUGCUUUUCAGUUAUAGAGACGCAGUGCUGAGGGGGAACAGCUGCUUCCUGCAAGGAUUUGGAUGGGGAUCUGCCCCGGAUUCCUGAGGAGCAGUGCAGAUACAGGCAGGAACCGUCCCUCUUUCGUCCAUGGGAGCCGCCGUUGGCAGCUGCUCUGAAUGCUUUGAUCUAGUGCCAAACCAGUGCCAUCCUCCAGGCUCACUUGAGGGGCUGGAAACUGCAGCUCCAGCUCUGCCGGCUCUGUCCCUGGGGAAUCCCAGUGUCACAGCUGGUGCUGUGACAGCGGUUUUAGUGCUGGCUAAGCAGCUCUGCUCUAACUUGCUCCUUCUUCUGCUGCCUGGUCCUUGUUGUCCCUGCUGUGGGAGCAGUUCAGGCAGGGCAGAGAGGGUUCUCCCAGGAGAGAGCUGAAGGAAUCCCGUCAGUGAGCACAGCUGGCUGGGAGAGCCUCACCCCCAGCCUCAUCCUCCUCUUUCCUGGUGUUUUCCUCUCCCUGACCCUCGCUGCCUGCUUCCCGCAGGGAUUUCUUGGCUAGAGGGGGGAAAAGACUGCCACUGCCCUUCUCUACUGGCUGGUGUUCCUUGGUUUUAAUGCCCACAGCUUUUAGGAUCGUGUCCAUCUGCUUCAUGUAGUCCAGGUGACCGUUUACCUGCAGGGAACAAGAAUCCUGUGAGUGGGGAACCCGUGGGAACCCAGCUCAGCCAAGUCCUUCAUCCCAACAGCCACCACUGCCAUGAAACUUGGGUUUGGCUGUGAGGAGGAAAGAAUGAGGCUGGAAAAUCAAAGAAUCAUGGAAUCAUUAAGGUUGGAAAAGAUAUUUAUGAUCAUCAAGUCCAGCACUGCCAAGGCCACCACUAAACCACAUCCCCAAGUGCCACAUCCACACGGUUUUUGAACACUUCCAGGGUUGGUGAUUCCACCAUUGGAUAAAUGCAGUUAUGUAUGGAACUGCCUGAAUUCGCAGCAGCCUUUGGGGCACAUGCUGCUGCUGGAUUAUUUUUCUUCUGAGACGUUUAAAAACCUGGACCUGGCUGAGUUACAACCCCGAAAUCCUUUGUGCCAUGAGGGUAAGAGAAGCAGCUCUGCCACGGGGAGAGACACCCAGGUAGGAGAUGAUUUCUCUUAGUUCAGCUCCCUGUUCUGUGCUAAAUGACAUUCCUCCAGGUGCCUCAGCUCCCUUGUAAAACCCAAGAUUAUCUUAUUUAAAUUAAGAUACAGUCAUUAAACCUCACACAGCUACCAAGCACGUUAAGGUUCUUGGCUGGAGGCUGCACCGAUCCAUCCCACACAAUAUAAAACCAGGAGUCCAAGAGUUAUGGGUCCAUAAACCAAAUAAAAGUCAACAGCAUGUGUAAAAACCCAGAUGUUUUUAUUGUAAGAUGAAUUCCACGAUAAGAUAAAGCCUUCUGAGAUGAAUGUUGGAAUGUAUCCUUCCAGUCAGGGAGCAAGAGAACAGAAAACCUCCUCUGAAGGUGAUUGUUGUUUAUACUAAAGGCCACAUGGUUGGAGAGGAAGAAAUUCCUUCCCCAUUCCAGGUGUCCUGCACAAACCAAGCACUUGAUGCACCGACAGCAUCCUGAGAUACUGCAGCAUCUUUGGUAAAUUCAAUUUCCAGCAGUUUAAACCUCCCUGACCCAGCCAGAGAGCUGGCUCAGCCUCUUAUUUACCCAAACCUUGCUAGUAAUUAGGGAAUUUCCACAUCAAGGAAUACGCAACACCCCGGUCCCAGGUUUCAUGCUUCCCAACCAGGUAGAUGAGUGCCCCAGAAAGGGAUGAUGAUGGUAAGAGCUCUUCACAGGGCUCUGCAAAGACACCAGCCAUGGACUCUCUGCUCAGCUCCUGCCUGGUUCCAGAGCAAUCCUUCAGCUGCCCCAUCCCUGGAAGUGUCCAUGGCCAGGUUGGAUGGGGUUUGGAGCAACCUGGGCUAGUGGAACGCAUCCCUGCCCAUGGCAGGGGAUUUGAACUGGUGCCUUCCAACACAAACCGUUCUGGGAUUCUGGGAUUCAUUGCUGUGCCAGCACCAGGGUUCCCAGCACAGCUCUUCCAAAACUAAAGCCAAUCUUUCCUCCCAAAAAUCCAAACCUCCAAGAAAUUUGCAUGAAGUGGCUUUGGAGGGGGAAACAUUUGGCUGCACUUAGGGCUUGGAGCAAACUGAUUGUAUGCACAUCAGGCAUACAAUAUGUGACUUGAAUCCCUCCAGAUGGCUCAACAUGCUCCGGGUGUUUGGAACUGAUUAGUUAACUAAAAUAACCAUAGAAGGACUGAGGAACUGGCUGUGGGCUGUGGACAUUGUCCUCUGGAAAAAUACAAAUCUUUUGCUGCUCAGUCAGGGUGGUUGGUGCCGAAGGAGCAAGGUGGGGAGAGGCAGGAAGGAGCUGGACUUGCUGGGAGUCGGGGCUGAAGGCCUUUGGUUUAUUGCAUUCAGAACCUCUCCUGUCACCACCAUCUGCCUGCCCUGGUCAGUGCUUGGGGAUUUCUCAUCCUGGUGUUACUGAGCCAUUAGUCAGAGGGAACACAUUUCCUCUGCCACCUUAAGGACUAGAUUUUCGUAUCUCCUCAGUAUCCAGCAGCUUCCACUAAAACAACAGGGAAUUCCUCUUCCUUGAGCACCAUGAUCACUGAGGGAUGCAGGGUAUGAGCCAUUCUGAAGAGCUCAUGCAGCUAAAAGAGAAGCUGAGACCUCCUGAAAAUCCGUCCCUUCCUGCAGCUCUGCUAAACCUCUAAUCUCUAAAUCUCUUCCAAGGAAAUUCACUCCUGUCUCCAGGACAGCCCAGGAGAGGAUUCCCUAAAGCUGGACCAGCACAAGCCUGAGAAGUGUAAGAGGAGGGAGGACUCUGCUGCAGUGUGACAUUGAGCGCUGAGCCAUCAGCAAAAGAACAGCAAACAAACUGCCUUGCCACUUGCCAUCCUGGUGGGAAAAUCCAGCAAUUCCAGAUCUCUAAAGCCUGUUUCCAUCUGCUAUCAAAGGACGAAUUCCUCCACUGGGUAGGCUGUGCAGGAGAUGGGAGGGGAACAUCUACAACAUAGUCAAUAAAAACUUAAAAGGGAAAUAAAGAGGUUGUGUGAAUAUUUAUCAGAACAAAGUCCAGGAGGAAUUUCAGGAUGAAUGGAAGAGUGUGCUCAGCACCAGAGCAAAUAGAUUUCUGCUUGUUUUAAGGAAAUGAAAGCAGUGGGGUGGGUUUAUUGGUGUG